AUUUGUAAUACUUUUCUAAUAUUGCAGUAAAAUAAAAAAAACAUGGUGCGGACACCUUUAGGCCCUGGUCCCGGCGCUUACGCGUUGCCGCCAACUGUUGGCUAUGAGAAACACGAUGCCCGUAAGCAGCGUAUGCCUCAAUAUUCCUUUGGGGCCCGAACAAACACGCAUGAAUCGGACUCUGGACCAGGACCAGGUGCCUAUAUGGUGGACCGACUGACCCGCUAUGGAAAGAGUGGCGGCUUAGAGUACACAAUUGCCCCCUUGACUAAAAUAGCAGAUAAAACAGUUGGUCCCGGACCUGGCGCUCACGAUGUGCAUGAGAAGCCAUUCUUUAAAGGAGUUAAUGCACCAGCCUACUCAAUGGCAGCGCGGAAUGAUUUUAGUUUUAAGAAUUAUGGACCCGGCCCGAGUGCUUAUAAAUUUGACGUCAAUCCCAUAAGACCCGCCGCUCCAGCCUAUAGCAUGGGUAUUCAAACCAAAACGAGUAGAAAACAGGGUUCACCUGGACCGGCGGCUUAUGGUGUGGGCGAUUUAAAUAUCAAAUUGGUUCGUGCACCUGAGUACACGAUGAGGCCCAUCUGUAAGGUGCGUAGGGACACCUUGGGUCCCGGCCCAAAUUACUACGACUUAAUGUAUUAUCGUCCUGGAAAGACUGGAAAUGCCUAUUCAUUUGGAGUGCGUCAUUCGCCCUUUGCCCCGCCCAUGAUUGUGAAAUGUGAUAAUAUGUGAUUUGCAAUAUUAGAAAACUAUUUUGUAGUUAAAAUCAAUAUCCAUAGUUUGUCAGUAAAUGUGCAACCUUA